AAAUAUGUAAACAAUUAAACAUCAACUUUUGCAAAAACAUACCUGCCUACAUUAUUAAUGAAUGCCUAUUAACUAUUACUUAUAAAGUGUAAGCUGCAAUCAAGAUGGGAUCAGAAAUACAAGGUGAUGAUUGGGAUUUUGCAUGUUCAGACGAUGAGCUUUCUAAGACUGGAAUAUUUAUUGGUAACAACUGGAUGCCCGAGCCGGCCGAGUUAGAAGAACUUUAUAAAAACAUUGAAAAGUCAGGAACUUUAAAUCUUGAAUGGAAAUGCCCGGGAAGAAGAGCACCCUCACCGGUGCCAGUCAGCAAAGAACAUCAACCCGAGAUACCAACGUCACCGAUACGAGAAGAGAAGUCAGAUUUCGACUUCAUGGAUGAAGUCAGUUCUUUACGUUUACGAGUACGGAGAGAUGGGGAAGACGCACUGAGAGGUUCAGCCAAGAAGAAAACCACAUCGUUUGAUGGCAUACUAUCUAACAUGAUUCGGCAUAAACGGAUAGAACAGUUAGAAAAACAGGCUAUCACUCCAAACAACAGCAGUCCAUCCAGUAGUGGCAGUUGAUGGAGACAAUCCUAUUAGGUUGAUGCUCGAAUUUGUUUAAAAAACACUUAAAUUACUAUAUAUUAAAUCUACAUAUAUCAGUUUAAAAUUA